AUGAUCCGCCCAAUCGUCCCUACUGCCCGAGCUCUCGUCCGCCCUCGUGUCGGCCAGGUCGGGCUCAUGCGCUUUGCGUCCUCGAGCAGCCGCCCGCAACCCCAGUUCCAACCGCAUGUUGGAAGCUUUUCGCAGGAGAAUGUCAUGAAGUGGGCCAUGACUCUCGGUAUCUGGGGUGCAGCUGCGGGAGGCGCCGUUGCUCUGUUCAUGCAGAAGGUUCCCAUCUUCCAGCGUGAUGUCCUCGACAAGGUGCCCUUCGUUGGGGCUUUCUUCAAGGACGAGACCCCUGACAGCGACAAGCCCUUCUAA